AAAAUGGUCCUGUGCAGUUUAACUAUGAAAGCUGGUUAACAGAUGACCAGGAAAAACUUGUGUUCCAAGCAAAAGCUGGUGACACUCUGCUUGUUGUCAAGUUUACACAGAGAUAUAAUGCAGAUACACAUUGCUUGUGUGCCAACAGUGGGCUUGCACCAAAGCUACUUUACAUCAGUGAGAAUGAAAUCAGAGGCUGGAAAAUGAUUGUAAUGGAAUAUAUUGAUGGUCUGACACUUUAUAUUAAUAUGGCACAACUUGAUCGAGAAGAUUAUGAUGCUCUUCUGGUUGAUGUUAAAGAGGCAGUCCAGAAACUACAUGA